AUGGCAGGCGAGAACCAGACUCAAGUGACGGAGUUCGUGCUCCUGGGCUUUUCCCACGGCCAGUCCUUCCUCUUUGUUCUUUUCCUGGCCAUAUACCUGGCCACGCUGCUGGGGAACUCAGCGAUACUCACCCUCGUGUCCCUGGAUCCCCAUCUCCACAGCCCCAUGUACUUCUUCCUCAGUCACCUCUCCUGCUUGGACAUUUGCUACUCAUCAGUGACGGUGCCCAAGAUCCUGGCAAAUGCCCUGCGCCCGCAGGCGACCAUCUCCUACGGCGGGUGCCUGGCACAGAUGUUCUUCCUGAUGGGGUGCGCGGGGGCCGAGUGUGCCCUCCUGGCUGUCAUGGCCUACGACCGCUACGCAGCCAUAUGCCAGCCCCUGCGCUACAGGCGGGGGGCGCCGGCCACCGUCUGCUGGCUCUGGGGGAUGCUGGACUCGGCUGUGCACACCCUCCUGGCCUCCAGACUCUCCUUCUGUGGGGCUGCCCGGCUCCAGCACAUCUUCUGCGACGUCCCGCCGCUGCUGAGGGCCGCCUGCAGCCACCCGUCCCAAAACACCCGUCCCAGCGAACUGGCGCUCCACGCUGCCAGCGUCUUUGUGGGACUCAGCCCCUUCCUGCUUGUCGUCGUCUCCUACCUCGGCAUCCUGGCCACCAUC